CCCUUCCGUCUCAUUUCCACACUGUGUAUUAUAGUAAAACAUUUAAACACACGUCCUCCCCUUCCUCCUCCUUUGAACGCCGCCAUGUCGGCACGCCACCUUUACCGGUCACCGCCUCUGCUCGUUCUUCUCCUUUUCAUCUUCUCCAUGAUUCUUCCUUCUCAAUCCGACGAGCUCGAAAUACUGCUCAAGUUCAAAUCAGCACUGGAAAAAUCCAACACGAGUGUUUUCGAUACAUGGACACAGGGCAAUUCAGUUCGCAAUUUCACUGGAAUCGUCUGCAAUUCCAAUGGGUUUGUUACAGAGAUAUUGCUUGCUGAGCAACAACUGGAGGGGGUUCUUCCUUUUGAUUCCAUAUGUGAGUUGAAAUCGCUUGAAAAGAUCGAUCUGGGAGCAAAUGUUUUGUAUGGAGGCAUCGGCGAAGGCUUGAAGAAUUGCAGUCAGUUGCAGUACUUGGACUUGGGGGUCAAUUUUUUUACGGGAACGGUGCCGGAGUUGUCAUCUUUGAGUGACCUGAAAUUCUUAAAUUUAAACAGUAGCGGAUUUUCGGGGAGUUUUCCAUGGAAAUCACUGGAGAAUCUCACCAAUCUUGAGUUUUUGAGCCUCGGAGACAAUCAAUUUGAGAGAAGUCCAUUUCCUCUGGAGAUUCUGAAGCUCGAGAAAUUGUAUUGGCUUUAUCUUACAAACAGCAGCUUAGAAGGACAAGUUCCAGAAGGAAUUGGAAAUUUGACACAGCUUCAAAAUCUCGAACUCUCGGAUAAUUACCUGCAUGGGGAAAUUCCGGUGGGAAUCGGAAAACUUUCCAAGCUUUGGCAGCUCGAGCUAUAUGACAACAGGUUUUCUGGAAAGUUCCCGGAAGGAUUCGGAAACCUUACGAACCUUGUGAAUUUCGAUGCUUCGAAUAAUAGUCUGGAAGGUGAUCUCUCGGAGCUGAGAUUCUUGACUAAGCUCGCUUCCCUUCAACUAUUCGAAAAUCAAUUCUCAGGAGAGGUUCCUCAGGAGUUUGGGGAGUUCAAAUACCUUGAAGAAUUCUCGCUGUACACCAACAAUCUCACCGGUCCGCUUCCGCAAAAGCUUGGUUCAUGGGCGGACCUCUCCUUCAUUGAUGUUUCAGAGAAUUUUCUCACCGGCGCUAUACCGCCAGACAUGUGCAAGCAGGGGAAGUUGGGUGCACUCACCGUGCUCAAAAAUAAAUUCACCGGUGAAAUUCCAGCAAACUAUGCAAACUGUUUGCCGUUGAAGCGGUUACGAGUUAGCAACAAUUUUCUUUCGGGCAUGGUGCCUGCCGGAAUAUGGAGUUUGCCCAAUCUCAGUCUAAUUGAUUUUAGUGUGAAUCAUUUCCAUGGCCCGGUGACCUCCGACAUUGGGAAUGCCAAGUCUCUAGCACAAUUGUUCUUGGCUGACAAUGAAUUUUCUGGUGAAUUGCCCGAGGAAAUCUCGAAAGCUUCAUUGUUAGUGGUUAUUGAUCUGAGUUCGAACAAGUUUGCGGGAAAAAUUCCAGCGACAAUCGGAGAAUUGAAAGCAUUAAACAGUCUUAAUCUGCAAGAAAACAAGUUCUCCGGCCCCAUUCCAGAGUCCCUAGGCUCGUGUGUUUCCUUAGACGAUGUCAACCUCUCCGGUAAUUCUCUUUCCGGUGAAAUCCCUGAGAGUCUCGGAACUUUAUCCACUCUAAACUCCUUAAACCUAUCCAACAACCAACUUUCCGGCGAAAUUCCCUCGAGCCUGUCAUCGCUUAGAUUGAGUCUUCUUGAUCUAACAAACAAUAAGUUGAGCGGCCGCGUACCGGAAUCUUUGUCAGCGUAUAACGGGAGCUUCUCCGGAAAUCCUGAUCUGUGCAGUGAGACCAUCACGCAUUUCCGAUCAUGCUCGUCGAAUCCGGGCUUGUCCGGUGAUCUCAGGAGAGUCAUCUCCUGCUUCGUCGCCGUAGCAGCCGCCAUGCUCAUCUCCGCCGCAUGCUUCAUCAUCGUUAAAAUAAGAUCCAAAGAUCACGACCGUCUGAUCAAAUCAGAUUCUUGGGAUCUGAAAUCAUACCGUUCGCUGUCCUUCUCCGAAUCAGAAAUCAUCAACUCAAUCAAACAAGACAACCUCAUCGGCAAAGGCGCAUCCGGAAACGUGUACAAGGUUGUCCUCGGGAACGGCACCGAGCUCGCCGUGAAACACAUGUGGAAAUCAGACUCCGGAGACAGGAGAGCAUGCCGGAGCACGACGGCGAUGUUGGGGAAACGUAAUAGACGGCCUUCAGAGUACGAGGCGGAGGUGGCGACGCUGAGCUCGGUGAGGCACAUGAACGUGGUGAAACUGUACUGUAGCAUCACGAGCGACGACUCGGAUCUGCUGGUUUACGAGUACCUGAGGAACGGGAGCUUGUGGGACCGGUUGCACACGUGUCAGAAGAUGGAGAUGGAUUGGGACGUGAGAUACGACAUUGCGGUGGGGGCCGGCAGAGGAUUAGAGUAUCUGCACCAUGGAUGUGAUCGGACGGUCAUACAUCGCGAUGUCAAGUCUAGUAAUAUUCUAUUGGACGUUGAUCUGAAGCCUAGGAUUGCUGAUUUUGGGCUGGCGAAGAUGCUGCACGGAGCUGCAGGUGGGGACACGACGCAUGUGAUUGCUGGCACCUAUGGGUACAUAGCUCCCGAGUAUGCAUACACAUGCAAGGUAACGGAGAAGAGCGAUGUGUACAGCUUUGGGGUGGUGUUAAUGGAGUUGGUGACAGGCAAAAGACCAAUCGAACCAGAAUUCGGGGAGAAUAAGGACAUAGUGUAUUGGGUAUACAACAACAUGAAGAGUAGAGAAGAUGCAGUUGGUCUGGUGGACUCCACCAUCUCAGAGGCCUUCAAGGAAGAUGCCGUCAAGGUGUUGCAAAUUUCAAUUCAUUGCACCGCAAAGAUUCCGGUAUUGAGGCCUUCCAUGAGAAUGGUGGUUCAAAUGUUGGAAGACUUUAAGCCUUGUAAGCUUACAAACAUUGUAGUUAGCAAGGGUGGUGAAGGUGGUGCUCCAAAUGAGAGUUUAGGUCCCAUCCCUUGAAUUCAAAAGUAUGUCUUUUCUUGUAUAUGUUUGGCAAUGGAGGUAAAGGAGACAAAUGUCCAAACAUUUGACAAGAUUUUGUACUAAAACCAUGUCACACAAAGAAUGAAAGAUGUACAUAAUAAGAAGUUGAAGGGAUGAAGGUCGUAUGUCUUGUAGUUUAAUUGUAUUACUCGUCAUCCCUGAUUGGAAUGUAAAAAGAUAAAUAAUAGAGUUUUUGAUA